UUAGUAGAGGUUGGCGUCCUCCUGUCUGGUCUCCGGCAUGGGCGUCGCGAGGUCCUGAUAGGUCUGCGGGUCGCUGAAAUCCACAACCUUGGCUGGCUCGGCGGUGACGUCAUGCUGAUCCGCGUCGUCGUCGGCACGUCGGGGCACAGCCCAGCACACCAACUGAAUGCCAACACGGCCCACAGGAAAGCACAGCACAGCAGAUGAAACCUCCGUGAGCGAGAGCGAGUCAAGCACAAUGACUGAUUGUCGGUUGUGUGCGGUGCUUCUGUACCAGUCGAUGGGAAACUGUUGUCUGUCGGCGGUGAGCCAGCGCCAGACAUUCUGAAACCGCUGAGGGAGCACGAGAGGCUCAGACGAUCACUCCUCUGAGCGCCGAGUGCAUGCCGUAUGGGUCGCACUCCACAUUCUCCUCUAAUCUCCCAACGAACAAUGCCUCGAAAUAUUCGUUCCAAAGUCAGCUUAGCUCGCACCCGUGGCCACUGUCGAUCAGAAGGUUUUGGGUUUGACAGGUCAU